GCCAGCGUCUCGGAACACCAGAAUCCUGCUGCUACAGAGAAGAACACGUACUUGGACGGAAUCAAGCUCGUUGUGAUUAUGUUGUCGCUCUGCUCGUGCAACUUUCUAGUAGCACUAGACACUACGAUAAUUGCCACGGCUAUUCCAGUCAUUUCAGAACGUUUCCAUGCACUUCAGGACGUCGGUUGGUAUGUCUCCGCCUACUUUCUCACCAACUGCGCUUUUCAGUUGCUGUAUGGGAAGCUAUAUACUCUUUACCCGGUUAAAUGGAUCUACUUUGGCGCCGUGGCCAUCUUUGAGGUCGGAUCCCUAAUCUGCGCGGUUGCUCCAAACAGCCCGGUUUUCAUAUUUGGCCGCGCUGUAGCUGGCGUUGGUGCUGCAGGAACGUUUUCCGGCUCGCUCAUCGCGAUCAUAUACGUGGUCCAACCGGAAAGGCGAGCAGCAUACUCGGGCAUGAUUGUGGGUAUGUUUGGUAUCGCCUCUGUCGCUGCGCCAUUAAUCGGUGGAGCCUUCACCUCUCGUGUUUCCUGGAGAUGGUGCUUUUAUAUCAAUCUACCAAUUGGGGGAGUCACACUAGCAGCACUAUUAUUCUUCCUGCAUACUCCAAAGCCACCUACACCGGUCGCCAACACCUCGACUUCCCUUUGGAGAAAGUUUGCGAAGUUCGAUCCAUUCGGGGCGACUUUCUUCCUGGCUUCGAUAACUUGUCUCCUGCUUGCACUCCAAUUGGGAGGAACUACAUUCGCUUUCUCGAGCGGCCGGGUUAUUGCCCUCUACGUCGUCUUUGGUCUCCUUCUCAUCGCCUUCAUGGCGCUUCAGUUCUUUGGUGGCGAAAAUGCUACCAUUCCCACAAGCGUUAUAAAGCAGCGUUCUAUGAUCUUUGGCAUGCUGUACAUGUUUUUGGUUGGCUCGCACUUCCUUACUCUCGUCUACUUCCUUCCUAUCUGGUUCCAAGGCGUCCGUGGAAGCUCCGCUCUACAAUCGGGUAUUCAAACACUGCCCAUUCUGCUCGCGCAAACUCUUUUCGUGGUUCUGGGCGGUAUCUUCGUCACCAUGACAGGGUACUACAUCCCCUUGAUGUGGGCCUCCAUAGUGCUGACUUCCAUUGGUGCGGGCCUUCUUACAACCCUCGAAGUCAACUCUAGCUCAGCCAAAUGGAUCGGCUACCAAAUUAUCUACGGCAUCGGAGGCGGGUUGGGAUAUCAACAAGGCAUUACUGCCGCGCAAACCGUUCUCGGAAACACUGAGGUCGCCAUCGGCACAGCUCUCAUGGUAUUCGUACAGAACCUGGGAGGCACGAUCUUCAUCUCGGCUGCCAAUAAUGUAUUUUUCACACGCCUCAUCAAAAGUUUGACUACCAUGGCCCCGGAUGUUAACAUCGAAGCCAUAACCUCCGCAGGUGCGACGGGUUUCAAGGACGUCGUUAAGCCUGAAGAGUAUCCAUUAGUCCUACACGCAUACAACAGCGCUAUUAUUGACACGUUCAGGAUAGGGCUUAUUCUUGCUUGCUUGAGUUCGCUCGGAGCGGUGGGUAUGGAGUGGAGGAGAGCUUCAAGAAAG